CGUUGGAAGUCUUAUCUUCUUCUAGACUUCCUUCCAAUGGGCUGCAAAUUGGAAAAAGCAAAACUUUCUCUCCUCAUAGGAGCAGCCAUCGCUGUUUUUCCAGUUCAAAAGUCUAUUCAAACUUCAAAGUCUCCCUCUCUCUCUCUCUCCCACUCACGUGGAAGAAGGUAGCGUGUGGUUUCUCUGAAAUUCAUCAACCACCCAAUAAAUGUCAAGUUGUCAACAAAGUUACUGUGAUUCGGCUACCCUUCCGCGGAAUUCAGAGCCGACUCUUGCAGUUUCCUGAGUUGUCUAGGGUUUGGGUUUCGACAUGUCUUGGGACUCGAGCUCCUCUGCCAGAGGGCAGCCCACCCAUGGCGGACGCUACGUGCAGUACAAUGUAUACGGUAACCUCUUCGAAGUCUCCAGAAAGUAUGUCCCUCCGCUUCGUCCCGUGGGUCGCGGCGCUAACGGCAUCGUCUGUGCUGCUGUUAAUUCAGAGACAUGCGAAGAAGUUGCAAUUAAGAAGAUUGGUAAUACAUUUGACAAUAGGAUAGAUGCCAAAAGGACACUAAGAGAAAUUAAACUUCUUCGCCACAUGGAUCAUGAAAAUGUUGUUGCAAUCAAAGACAUCAUACGACCUCCACAAAGGGAUAACUUCAAUGAUGUCUACAUUGUUUAUGAAUUAAUGGAUACUGAUCUUCACCAGAUAAUUCGCUCCAAUCAACAAUUGAAUGAUGAUCACUGUCGGUACUUCCUUUAUCAAUUGUUGCGAGGACUCAAAUAUGUUCAUUCUGCAAAUGUCUUGCAUCGGGACCUGAAGCCUAGCAAUUUGCUCCUCAAUGCAAAUUGUGACCUAAAGAUUGCAGAUUUUGGGCUUGCAAGGACAACAUCUGAAACAGAUUUCAUGACUGAAUAUGUUGUUACUCGAUGGUACCGAGCACCGGAGUUGCUGCUUAAUUGUUCAGAGUACACUGCAGCGAUUGAUGUGUGGUCAGUAGGUUGCAUACUAGGUGAACUUAUGACCAGGCAACCUCUGUUCCCUGGCAGAGACUAUGUUGAUCAGCUUAAACUUAUCACAGAGCUUAUUGGUUCGCCAGAUGAUGCCAGUCUUGGGUUUCUCCGAAGUGAAAAUGCCCGGAGGUAUGUUAGACAACUUCCACAAUACCCCCAUCAGCAAUUCUCUGCUAGAUUUCCUAAUGUACCUCCUGGAGCUGUGGAUUUACUGGAGAAGAUGCUAGUAUUUGACCCUAACAACCGUAUUACAGUCGAAGAGGCCCUGUGCCAUCCAUAUAUGGCACCUCUGCAUGAUAUCAAUGAGGAGCCUAUUUGCCCUAGUCCUUUCAGUUUUGAUUUUGAGCAUCCAUCAUUCACUGAAGAGAACAUCAAGGAACUCAUUUGGAGGGAAGCUGUGAAAUUCAAUCCAGAGCCUCCGGUUGAAUAAAGACAAGUAAUAUGUAACAUAUGCAUGGACUAGUAAUAAACAGUUCAUCACUCAAGUUCUAUUUCCUUUAACCUUGUAUUUUGUGUCUAUGCCGGAUGGAGGUGCACCGAGGCAGUUCUUGGAAAGCUUCUCUAUCGGUACACUCUCUUAGGUAGCUGAAUUAGGGUAUUGGGUUAGCCCUAAUAGCCAUUAAUGCAUCUGUCCUGUCCUAGAUGAUGCCUUUAAACCAUAAGUUCUACAGGUUUUCCUAUUCUACUGUAGUCUAGUGAGAGGUACUAGGCUUGUAUAUGAAGACAUCUAUGGAUUUGAAUGCUCGCAUGUUUGAUCUUAUAGCU